UCCUCCCACAAUGGGUUGGAUGAGAGAGAAAGGGAAAGGAUGAAAAGAAGCUUAUAGACUAAGAAACAAAGGGAAAGGAGUCCUUCUUCCUUCUUCCUUCUUCCUCAUCCUUCUUCCUUCUUCGUUCUUCCUCAUCAACCUUUACAAAAGAUAAACACAACCCAGAAAAACACACCUCACCAUGAAUUUCUCCUCCAUUCCUCCUUAUCUUGAUCCUUCCAACUGGCACCAGCAACUCACCCAUCAACUGGGAACCACCACCACCACCACCACCACCACCACCCCCGGACUCAGCUCCCAGCUCCUUCCUCCACCCCCUCCUCCGCCCCCUCCCCCACCCCCCCAUGGCGUCGCCCCACGAGCCCAUGGCGUCGGUGCUCCCACUUCCAUCCGCCCCGGUUCGAUGGCCGAGCGAGCUCGAAUGGCUAAUAUUCCCAUGCCUGAGGCAGCAUUGAAAUGCCCAAGAUGUGAUUCAACCAACACUAAGUUCUGCUACUUCAACAAUUACAGCCUCACUCAACCUCGUCACUUUUGUAAGACAUGUCGAAGGUACUGGACUAGAGGUGGGACGCUGCGAAGCGUUCCGGUCGGGGGUGGGUGCCGGAGGAACAAAAGAAGCAAAGGGAGAAGUUCAAAGUCGCCGCCGGUCAGUUCCGACCGACAACAAACCUGUGGUUCAGGGAAUUCCUCAUCAAGUGCAAUAGCUUCCAACAACAGUGGAGGUCUUUCCCCACAGAUUCCACCUCUCCGCUUCAUGGCUCCUCUCCACCAACAACUCAGCGACUUCGACAUCAGUGGCUUCAACUACAGCGGUGGCCUCUCAGCUCCGGCCACCGUUACCGGCGACCUGAAUUUCCAAUUGGGCAACACUAAUUUAGGUGGAGGAACAAGCAUUGGAUCUCUCUUGGGAUUUGACCAACAAUGGCGGCUCCAACAACAAGCUCCUCAAUUUCCCUUCUUUUCCGGGUUAGACCCUUUCGACGGUGGUAGCAGUAGCGGCGGCGACGGACCCAGCUGGGAAAUGAGGCAAAAAUUACCAUCAAGCUCAAGGAAUUUAACCCAAAUGGGGAAUUCAGUAAAAAUGGAAGAAACCCCAGAUCAAGGUAAUAACAUUGGAAGACAAUUAGUUGGCAAUGAACAAUAUUGGAGCAGUGGAUCAAUGGGAUGGUCGGAUCCUUCUGGUUUCAGUUCUUCAUCUUCAACAAGAAACCCAUUAUAGAAAUGUUCAGAACUAACAGUUUGGUCGGAUCAAUGGGAUGGUCGGAUCCUUCGUGUCAUCAUCAUGGUUACCUCAAACCCUAGAAAUAUAUGCUACUUUCUUUGUUCUCUUAAAAAUCAUAUCUUUGAGGGUUUUUUUUUUUUUCUUUUUUUGUUUUUUAAUUUUAAUUUUAGAAUUAGUAUUUAGGAUUGGAGUUGAGAAUGAGAAUUGAAAACAUUUUAUUACAAUAUAGAUUAUUGAGACUUUGUGUGUCCCUUCCUUCA